GCGCGGUUCUCAACUAGUUGCGUAUACUGGCAAGUGUUAACAUGAGUUUGAAAUGCAAGAUGAGAUUAACAAUUUGACCUAAUCAACUGAUUACAAUCUCCCGUAUGAUUCAAUUCUAGCUUAAUUACAUACACAUCAAAUCAAUGGCUGUUUUUGAGCUGUGGAGAAGCGAGAAUUGGGGAAGCAAAAAUUGGGCGUUUUCGAUCUUCUUAUCGAUUCUGUUACUCCAUUGCAUUGCUAUAGUGUUGUUCACUAGCGGUUUCUUACUUACUCGGACCGAGCUCUCGCAGUUCAGCCGGUGCUCUGAUGUUUUCGAGUCUCCGUGUUUCAGAAACCAGGAGAGUGGAUUGGGGAAAUGCUGGACUAAGCCUGCGGUUGAUCGUGUUGUUAUAAUUGUUCUCGAUGCUCUCAGGUUUGAUUUUGUUGCUCCGAGUACCUUUUUUGAAGAGAAAAAACCAUGGAUGGAUAAGUUACAAGUCCUACAUAAAUUAACAUCUCAAUUAGGAUCUUCUGCAAAGAUUUUUAAAGCUAUUGCAGAUCCACCGACAACCAGCUUGCAACGUAUGAAGGGGUUGACAACUGGUGGGCUUCCCACUUUUAUCGACGUGGGGAAUAGCUUCGGUGCUCCAGCAAUUGUUGAAGACAAUUUGAUACAUCAGUUGGUUCAGAAUGGAAAACGAGUAGUGAUGAUGGGCGAUGAUACGUGGUUGCAGUGUUUUCCUCAUCAUUUUAAUAAAUCUUAUCCCUUCCCCUCUUUCAAUGUUAAAGAUCUGGAUACAGUGGACAAUGGGUGCACUGAGCACUUGUUUCCAACUUUGUAUGAAAAAGAAUGGGAUGUUCUAAUAGCACAUUAUCUUGGUGUGGAUCAUGCUGGACAUAUAUUUGGUGUUGAUUCCACCCCAAUGAUUGACAAGCUGGAGCAGUACAAUAAUAUUUUAGAGAAAGUCGUGGACGUGCUCGUUAGCCAGUCUGGUUCAGGUGGUUUACAUGAAAAUACAUUGCUUCUAGUGAUGGGUGAUCAUGGGCAAACAUUGAAUGGAGAUCAUGGAGGAGGGAGUCCGGAGGAGGUUGAAACAUCAAUAUUUGCUAUGAGUAUGCAGCCCCCACCUGCUUCGACUGAACUUGAUACUUCAUAUUGCAAACUAGAUUUGGCUGGUAGAGAGGUCUGCGUUGACUUCAUUGAACAGCUUGAUUUUGCAGCUACAUUAUCGGCACUGCUUGGUGUUCCUUUUCCAUAUGGAAGUAUUGGGCGCAUUAAUCCAGUAUUGUAUGCCUUGGGUCCUGGUACAUGGAAUCGAGAAACUCACAUUGAGGGUAACUGCCAACAGACAGAUAAGGAAGCUUGGAUGCACAAUUAUGUUGAUGCACUGUGCAUCAAUUCCUGGCAGGUGAAAAAGUACAUUGAUGUCUAUUCAGCUUCUUCAGUUAUUGGAUUUUCGAAGGAGGACCUGUUGCAAGUAACAGAAAUGUAUACUCAAGCAGAGAAGAGCAAUUUUAAUAGAGUAAAUGAUUCAGUUCAAUAUAAAGUUGAAAGCUGUCAUUCAUCAGUAACUGAUCUCAAGAGGCAGAUUGAUCUUUAUGAUAAAUUCUUGGCAAGUGUUGCAGAGUUAGCCCGCACAAAAUGGACUGAAUUCAAUUUGGAGAUAAUGGCUAUUGGGUUUGGUUUCAUGUUGAUUUCAAUAGCCAUCCAUUUUCUUGUCAUUAAGAGGCUAGAAAAUCUGCAACAAGCGUCAUCUGUAUCCAAUGGCAGUUGUAGAAUGUCUUUGAAUGCGAUAUUUGCUUAUCUUUUUGUGGCAAUCCGUGCAUGCAGUGUUCUUUCAAACAGUUACAUCUUGGAAGAAGGUAAAGUGGCAGCUUUUCUUUUGGCUACUACAGCAAUACUAUGCUUACGCUCUUCAAUUCUGAAUAAGAAGCUGCUAACAGAAGCUAUUGCCUUUAUACUGCUAAUUUCCAUCCUCAGAUUUACUAUUGAACUUGGGUUGUCGAAGCAGGCUACUAAUUCUUCAUUGCUCACGGUACAUCUUUCUUGGAUACUUCGUAUCGAUAAAGGCUCUUCCGUAGGGACUUAUAUUACUGAAAUUGUGCCCAUUUUGGCCAUGACCAUAUUAGCCUACCUGCUGCACAAGAGUAUGGCUCACAGAUAUUGUCCAAGCAUUACAAGAUAUGUUAUAAAGGGAACCAUAUUCAGUUAUAUGCUCAUUGGGGUGCAGUGGAUAUUAGAAAGUGACCUAAUAAGUUUUUCACAUAUAGGCAUUAAAGCAAAUAUUAUUCCUCGGAUGAUAUAUGCCAUUGGUGUUGCUCAAUUAUUGUCUCUUGUACUUGGUCGACUUGUAAGAGGAAAGAAUCUUACAGGUUGGAAAGAUGGCAUAUUGUUAAAUACAGUGGCUAUGUUAUCAGCUUGGAGCUCAACAGUCAUUGUUCUCUCUGGAAAGCAAGGUGCUUUUGUUGCUUUGGCUUCAAUAGCAGGAGGUUGGCUCAUUUUGAGGUUGCAGGGCAUGGAACAGAAUUCCAACAAUGGCAAGUAUGGAACUAUAUCCUUGUAUUCUGCUUCUGUUACACAGUGGAGCCUAUUAGCAGCAUGUCUCUUUUUUGGCACUGGUCACUGGUGUGCUUUUGACGGUCUCCGCUAUGCUGCUGCAUUUAUCGGGUUUGAUGAAUUUAACCUUAUUCGGCAAGCAAUUCUUCUGACAAUUGAAACAUUUGGCUUUUCCCUUCUCCUGCCAAUUUUCGGACUUCCCCUUCUUGUUAUCUACAACUACGACUUCAAUCAAAACAAGCAUCCAAAACGAUUGCUUUUUAUGCAAUUAUCUCAAGUUUUUCUAAUGUAUGGCCUUGUGACGACAAUUACAGUCACUUUUACAAUUAUAUGUGUUACCAUUCAAAGAAGACAUUUGAUGGUAUGGGGUUUAUUUGCUCCGAAAUUCGUUUUUGAUGUGGCCGGCCUCAUUCUAACAGACUUUCUUAUCUGUGCGGCAUCGCUCUUUAUUUUUGAAUGACGUAAUUGCUCAGAGUAACAAGAUAUACUGCAGAUAUAGACACAGGCUUAAGGUGAUAGUUGAGAUACAAAAUUGAACUGUAAAAUAUGUCAAUCUUUUAAGACAGUUGUAUAUUUUACAGUAUCUUAAUGUUAGAAUUUGUAUUAUGCUCGUAUC